AUGAGUCAAGGAUGGAAAAGAAGUUUUCGAUGGAUAAGAGAAGGAAAAAUAGCACGUUUAUGGGCGGAGCUAGUGGCAGCAGUGAGACGGCGAGGUCGUGGCGAUGGUAGCGAUGACGAUGAAGAUCUGGGUCUACCGCAAAGCCCGCCGGCGUCACCACCCACUGAUAAGGUUGAUAAGCGGCACCAUGCUGGCAUAUCACAGUCGUCGUGUAGCGACGGCUCGUUGCUCAGCGUCGGCUCCUCAGAGAUGGACGAAGACAGCUCCAGUGGACAUCACCACUCGCACGAGCAUUCCAGGAGCGAUCAAUUCGAUCUAUACUCCACAUCGGAGCCUCCGUCGGGCGUGGCGCCACUGUCGCACUCCGCCGCCAAACACAAGAUGGCGGUGCGACCCCGGCGCACGCACGGCGCUCCCCGCCGAAAGAAAAACAACCCAAUUGCCGCAUCAGCCUUGCCCAUAACGCCCGAACUGAACGAAGAAAUGACACGAAGCACUACUCCUGACGUCAGCCAUAAAGCCUCAGAAGUGGUUACUGAAUCAUUCUCUUCAUCGACCACCACGAAGCAUCAUGUAAUCGUCAAAGAACAACAACAGCAUUUAAACAAGGAACUCCAAAGGGUCAUAGAAACUCCUAGUGAUAUCAAACUAAAAUCGUCCUCUUUACCUCCUGGAUUAGCUUUAGGCCACCUUGUGGGCCAGUCGCCUGCUAAACUCACCAUAGCAGAGUCCAAUACUCCUCGAUCUUCAAUCAAAAGAAGCCAGUCUAGCUCACAAGGGCAGGCCCUCAGAGAAACGCCAUCGAGACGCGAGGAGAAAAUCCACACUUAUCGUUCAGAAGAGAGGAUGACAAAGUAUCGCAUGGAGAAGAAAGCCGAUGAAUCUUGCCUUGAAAAGAAAUCUAAGUCAGAUAAAAAGACGGAAAACGAAGCGAUACGGUCGUCUAAGAAAGAGGAGUCGUUUUUCAGUAGACUACUACUCAGAAAGAGCGGAAAGAAAUCUAAAAAAGAUCAAACAGACGGAGAAGGUCAACAGGACCUUAAGAAGUCUAAAACAGACAAGUCCACAGCGGUAUACAAGCCUGUUGAUACAGAAAGAGGUUUUCAUGAGGGACAAGGGUACAAGCCUGUACCUGCUGAGAGAACACACAAAACUGCUGGACAAAAAGUAUUUGCCAACCAAAUGCACAAAAGGUUGGACAAUAAAGGUGCUUAUGUACAAGACAGUGCGUACAAAGAUGUGUAUAGCGCUGCUAAAGUACCUGGCCUCGAAUAUAACAUAACCGAUCUCAAAAUUGCUGAAGAAACUGAUAAAAUGUUGAACAUAGAAAUGAAGAGUCGUUUUAGCAGACGAGAUGAAUACUCUGAAACGAUUGAGCGAACCAAAAGGACGUCUUCUAAGGAAACUGCAGAUGAUAAAAAAGAAUCGUUCAACUUGCACCUAGAUAAAAAUAAAAGACCCAUGUCAGUUCAGCGAUUGGUUGAACCAUUCUCUUCAAAAGCAUUUAUUAGUAAUGAGCUGCUAAGCCGAACGCAGGAAGAGUCGCCUGUGAUGUCUGAUGAGGAGCCUCCGAUCAGAGCGAUGCGUAUUAAGAAAGCUCACAAUGAUUUCAAUCUAUUUACAAGUGGCAGUAUGCCAAAAAAUAUACCCUAUUUUAAUGCAAGCAUGAUGUCAUCCUCGUCCCCUCCAAAAGCGGUUAGACAUCAAAGUUCUGACAACAUAAAGCACAGAUCGUCUGAGCAUGUUUCCGAUUUCUCUGAAACGAUAAUUAAAAGCAAAUGCGAAUCUGUACGCCACACUAAAACUGAGGAGUCUUACAUCACAUCGGGCAUAAGGUCUUUGGGAGACGAGUACGUUGAAACUCGCAAUAGUAUUGGCAAGUCACACAGCUUCCGUUAUGCUUCAGAAACGACAUCCACGAGCUCCCAAGAGAAUCAGAUGCCUAGUCUGCCAGCCAUCGUUGGCAUAUCUGAGCCGCUGCUCGAAAGCUGGGAAGUGAACUACAGGAGAAACUUAAGCGAACGAAACGACUUCUCCAAACGGAUUUCUGCCAGAAACUACAAUAUAAUGCACGGUUCUGCUGAUAAUAACGGCUAUGAUAGCUUGCCGAGUACGGAUAGCAGUUAUAUGGACAGCCUCAAAGCUGACAACACUGAUGAUAGGAAGAUAUUCACCAACAGUAUUCAUAUCACGAUGGACAACAAACGUGACAGCGAUAUUUCUCAGAUAGAAGCUAAAAUCGAUGAUAUUAUUAGUUCGCCUAAGCCUAUUAUAGCUCCAAUACUCAAAUCUAGUUCUUUAGAUAGCAUAAAGAGUAGCCCAGAGAAACCCAUCGAUGAUCGAAGGAAGACAACUUCUGUUGAAAGUGCUUUGAGCUCAAAGAGUACUGUGCAGAAAGAAUUGAAAUCAGAGACUGACAGUUUAAUAUCAGUGACUCAUGUAAACAAAGAGCAAAUAGCCGUCAAGAUGGUUGAUGUCCCAAAGAACAAAACUGAUGAUAAAGUUCAUAAAACAGGAUCGAAAAAUGGUGUUCCCGAAUUUCUUCAUAUUCAAUUAAACAAGGUAGAUGCGAAACCAGCCACGAACAUUGUUUUAACAGCUAACGUAACGCCAAAGAAACUCGACAGUCCACAAGCUGAGAAAGAACAGGAUAUUGAAUGUUUUCAGGUAACUGAAACCAGACCUGUUAGAAAUGAUUCUAUUAAGACCAAUAAACUUGAUGAGAAUGUAGGUGACAACAGUCAAAGUGAAAAAGAUUCCCCAUUAAGCGGCCGCAAAUCUGCUAUCCCAGUCGUUCCCCAAAGUCCUUCCACACCUAAAGCAUUCUUCAAGAGAAAAGCUGCUAGCGUCGAAUUACAAGAUAGGCCUGAGAAACCUAGAACUAACUCUAUGAGUACUGAAGGGAGUACUGAGAGAAUUUUUGACAGUAUAUCCAUUGAUAGAAAGUCGCAUUCAAGUUUCGGAAGCAAAAGCUCAAUUCAGAGCACAGACAGCAAUGAUGUUAAAACUCCUGACAGAAAUGAGGAAACUGUUAUCUAUCGUAAGAAACCUGGCAUUUUGUCUAAAGAAUUACGGGGAGAUAGGAAGAAUGAUGAUGAACCAGAGUUAAUGAAAGUUUUCGCUCGUAGAUCACUAAAACUCAAAGAUUCUGAAGCUGACAGUAUUGCUCAGGACAUAGCAGCUUCGAGAGAAGAUAGUGACGCUCCAACAAGAACGAGCAAAAUAUUAAAGAAUGAAUUCAAUGCUUCUAUUAAAUCUAGAGAUAGUGAUAAAGAAAACGAAGAUAUUGUCAAAGAAGAAGACAAGAGAUUGGUGGACAUAGCUGCGAGAGUUAGCCAGUUUGGAGUACCGCAUUAUCAAAGAAGUGCAAGCAUCAACAGUGUGGCAAAUCCCAAGAGAGAGAGUGCACCAGUAUAUAGGAAUAGUGAAGUAAACAAAUAUAAAAAGGAAGUGUCAGAUUCAACUCCGGAAAAGAGAUUGAGAAACAGAACUUUCCCAGACCCCUCAAACGACAGAGAAGACAUUAAGAACAUCGCUAAAAGCGAAGCAAUGGCUUACAAAGCCGACACUCUGUCCAAAAGGCUGUGGCAGAAGGAUGAAAAGUUCAGAUUGACAGUUGAAAAAGAAAAAAGAGAAAGUGCUGUGAUAGAUGGAAAUAUGGAAAAAGAAGAAAGUUUGAAAGAGAAAGGAGAUAGUUCAGAGGCCGAUGCCUCUCCACAGUUUAAGGGUACAAGGACGACGGAGUUGCUGUAA